AUGGACGAGCCAAGCUGCAGUACAGCCAACGCGUCUCCUCAUGUACCACCCACGGCGGCGGACUCCGUGCAGCUCUCUGCGGAGCAUCCCGAGCCAAGGAGUAAGCAGCCGCCCCGACGUCACCCCAAGCGUGCGUCCCUCACCGGUGCCCUACCACCAUCAGCGGCACCGGCACCGCAGCAGCGCCCCGGGCACCAGCGCCGCUCCCUCUCCAGCCAAUCUACAUUCACGCACCGGCACCGACGGCAGGCUGCGUCGUUGCCGCACCAGCCGCCGCAGCGCACCCUGCAGGACAUGCAGAACGAGCAGUCGUACCUGCUGCAGAACCUCCAGCGGCACGACGAGCGCGCGCGCGCCCUGAUGGCGGGGCUGGCGGGCGCGCAGGACCGGCUGUUGCGUCGGGACACCGCCGCCGCCGCCGCUUCCGCCGGGGGGGACGACGACGGCAGGAGGGGGGCGCAGAAGGAGGCGCGGUUGCUGCGGAACAAGAUGCAGUACAACGAGCAGCAGGAGCGGGCGACGCUCGGCCGCCUGGGGGAUUUGUACGUCGAGAUGCAGGCGAGGGAGAGGUGGUGUUGCGUCUUGCAGCAGAAACAGCAGCAGCAGCAGCAGCAACAACAACAACAACAACAACAACAACAACAACAACAACAACAACAACAACAACAACAACAACAACAACAACAACAACAACAACAUCAACACCAGAAUCAGGGGACAUUUGAAAGAGGUGGAGGGGCGGAAAUGUUUGGCUGGCCUCUGGGAAGUCCCCUGGGAUGGGUGUGCGACGGGUGGCCUGUUGUGCUGAGCCCGGCGUCGCCUGGAAUGGAUGCGGUGCCGCUGACGCCUUUGAGCCCGCUGAGUCCGUGUUUCGUGCCGGGGAUGUACUUUGAUGAGGGUGUCAGAGAGGAGGAUGCAUGUGACGAGGCAGAUGCCGGAGGUGACUUUGGUGGUGAGCUUGAAGGCGGCGAUGAUGUCGGUCAGUCGCCAACCGAUCAGGUUGUGUCUGAAGAUGUCGAGCAAGCGGCGCCAGUCAGGGGCCGCACCCGAAGCUUGUCUCUGUCGACGCCUUCACCUGGCCCUUCGUCCAGGCGCUUAAGCCUACAAUUCUGA